AUGUCAGCGUUGCCGAUAUUCUCAACAGAUUGGGUCAGGUAUGGAAAAUACGACGGUCAACGUACUGCUGAGGCCCUGCGUCCAGUUCUUGCGGCGUGGAUGCGUCGCAAGAGAAAACCCCUCACCUUCCGCCUUACACAGGUGCUCACCGGACACGGUUGUUUCGGUGCGUACCUUUGUAAGGUCGCCAGGAGGGAACCUACGCCAGCCUGCCGCGACUGUGGCGCUGCGGAGGACACGGCCCAGCACACCCUCGAGGUGUGCGAUCGCUGGGCCGUGCAGCGCCACGAUCUUGUGGCAGUGCUAGGCGGGGACCUCUCACUCCCGAGCAUGGUGCGCUGCAUGCUCGAGAGCGAUGAGGCCUGGCAGGCGGCGGUCUCUUUCUGCGAGUAUGUCAUCUCGCAGAAAGAGACCGCGGAGCGGAAUAGAGAGGAUGACCCUUCCUCCGUUCCGCUCCGCCGGCGUAGGACGGGAGUGCGGAGGCGUCGC